AUGAGAGCCAAACAAACACUGGCGGACUUGGCAGCAGAAAAGCGUAUUCACACAGACGCUAUUCGUCAAAUUGAUGAAGACCGCCAAGAAUUAUCUCCAGCAUUGGAAGAAAUGCGCCUAAAACGCCGACGUACAGAAGCAGAUUUAAGUGAAAGAUGUUCUCACGUUCCAUUGCUGUUGGCACAACUACAACAACGUGCUAAACUUCUAGAAUUGGCAUGUCCGUUAAUUGAUGAUUUGUUGCCUUCCGGGUUAACUGCUGCAGCUUUUAAUAGUCGUGAUCCAGUCUCUCAACGUUUAUCAGACGAUUCUCCUUCAAUUUAUUCAACUUCACUUCCUACACAAACCACAACACCAAAUACAGCCAAUAUACCCUCAAUCCUUCAAUCACCACCUUCUUCUUUAAUGCUUAACUUUCCACAAACAAAUAAUAAUAAUGCUGAUUCUUCAAUGCAACAAAUAAAUUUGCACGGAAUAGCUGCUCUAUUUAUGCUACAACAUGCUGCAACUACACACCAAUUUAUUACGGCAGCAGCUGCCGCAAACAACAACAAUCAACAACAACAACAGCAAACUAACAAUAAUUUAAAUUUUAAUAAUUCACAACAACCUAACCACCAUCAUUUUUUGUCUCAAGCAAUUCGACAUAAUAAUUUUAUUAGACAACAACAACAACAAAUUGGAGGAGGAAAUCAAUUUCCAAUGCGGGCAUUAGAAGAAUUAAGCCGUGCACGAGAACAACAAGCAAGAAAAGUACCUAAUGCUGCUCAAAGAAGUGCUGCUGCAGCUCUUGAAACUACACAUCAAUCACCUCCAAUGAAGACUUGUGCCUCAUGUCAAGACCAAAUCCAUCGAAAUGCUCCAGUCUGUCCUAACUGUAAAUGCAAAAGUAGAUCAAAAAACCCGAAGAAACCACGAAAAAAGCUGGCAGAACGUUAA